UCAAAAAAAUAAUUUCGCAAAAGUUUUGCGAAAUGCACAACUUUAGCGAGUUUUGCGAGAUACGAAACAUGUCCCGAAUCAUACAUUUAUUUUCAAUUUUAAAUUGUUUGAUAUGCAUGAUAUACUAUUUCUCUAUUUUAUAUUAUUUGAAGAUACGACUGAGUCUAGAAGAAGGCAUAGAUUUUUAGAAGGACGAGAUCAAGGAAUUUUUAGAACAUUUGAUAGUAUUCCUUCAUAUCCUGACAAAUUUCGUCAGAUGUUCCAUAUGCAUGUGGAAACAUUUAAUUACAUUCUUACAAAAUUGGAAUCUUUAGACACCACUAUAGUUAUACAUAAAAAUUCUAUCAGUAUGAAGCAUAGACUAUAUAUAACACUCAUAUAUUUGACAACUGGUAUGAGCUUUAGAAAAAUAGCUUUAUAUGCUAAGAUUGGCAAAACAUCAGUAAGUACAAUAGUUACAUCAACUUGUAGAUUAAUAUGGAUUGGUCUUCAACCCAAGCAUCUCUGUUUACCAACAGGUGAACAGAUGCUUGAUAUUUCAGCAGAAUAUUUCAGGAAAUCAGGUUUUCCUCAUAUAAUAGGAUCUAUUGAUGGAAAACAUGUUAAAAUAAAACAACCUAAAAAAAGUGGUUCCACAUUUUAUAAUUAUAAAAAAUACAACUCCAUUGUCAUUCAAGGUAUUUCAGAUGAUAAAGCUAGAUUCAUGUUGAUUGAAGUUGGCUUUCCUGGGUCUAUCUCAGAUAGAAGUAUCUUUUCAAAGAGCCUAUUUUAUGAAGGAAUGAUCAAUAAAAUUAUCAAGAUACCCAAUCCAAAUUUUUUACCAUCUACAGAUAUUAUAGCACCUUAUGUAUUUGUAGGUGAUGAUGCUUAUCCCCUAUUGGAUUUUAUUAUGAAACUCUACAAAACUAAUUUGAAUGAUAAUAAAUCAACUUUCAAUACUAAAUUAUCAAAAGCCAGAGUAUCAAUAGAGAGAUGCUUUGGCAUCAUGAGUGCCAAAUUCAGACAUCUUUACAAACCUUCAGAAACAAAUAUUACAAACACUAUACAAAUAGUUAAGGCUGACUGCCUUUUGCAUAAUAUUAUAAUAGAUCUUGAGGGAAAUCAUAGCACAGAUAUAAAUCAUGAACAACACCCAAUACUCAAUUUUACCCAAUCUCAGUUCCAGCGAUGGACUGAAAGCUCUAAUAAUAUUAGAGAAACUUUUAAUUUAUUUGUAAAUAAUUAUAUGUAAAAUUUUUGUACACAUUAAUUUUUGAUUCCCAUAAUCUUAUAUUUCUUAA